CGUACUUAGCCGCCUGGCGUUGAUGAAAAGAACUACUACGGAUACAUCACUAGCAAGUUAGGCCUACUAGCUGUGGCGUUUGUUUUUUGGUUGGUUGUCAUGUGUAGUCGGUGUAGACAGUGGUGGUGAUUAACUCGUGCGCUAGUCAUUAGCGUAGAGUUUCAUGUAGUAGCAGAAGGAAAUUGUAUGGUUGCUGCCUCAUGCAGCGAGCCUUCGUAAAGAUCUCUGGUGUUUUGUUGCGGCAGCGAAAGCGACGGGUGAGCAAGGCAACGGCGAGAGAACCGUAGGUGGGCGCUUUUGAUGCAGAAGGGAAGCGCCUCUUACUACGACCGCUUGGACCCCGUGAAACGCCCUGCUUCUGGUGGUCCAGAGGAUCUGGGACAGCAUGCGCCUCGAAGAAUGGCCAUUAUGAGUGAAAUUGAGGAACAGGAGCGGAAAAUAGUGAAUGAAUUCUGUCAUUUGCUGGAAAAGUCCAAACAACUCUUCAACGGUCUGAGGGACCUUCCGCAGUAUGGGCACAAGCAAUGGCAAGCUUACUUCGGAAGGACAUUUGACGUAUAUACGAAAUUAUGGAAAUUUCAGCAACAACAUAGGCAAAUUUUGGACAUUAAGUAUGGUUUGAAAAGAUGGCAAAUAGGAGAAAUUGCCUCGAAGAUUGGACAGUUGUAUUACCAUUAUUACCUGAGAACAAGUGAAACCAACUACCUGAAUGAAGCAUUCUCAUUUUAUGCGGCCAUCCGUGCCCGAGGAUAUUACUCUAAGGCGAGCAAAGAAGAGAGCUUGCCCUACUCCCACCGCUCAGAUUUGAUGGUGAAAAAAUUGCGUUAUUAUGCUCGUUUUAUUGUCGUCUGUCUCCUGCUCAAGAAGAUGAAGCUUGUGCGUGACCUAGUGCGGGAACUUGCCAAGCAGAUUGACGACUACACUGCCACAUACGAGCCAGAGGACCAGCUGGAAUGGUCUCUUGUGUUGGGCGAGAUAAAGUCUUUUAUUGAUGCUGAUAACCUGGUGAAUGUGGUGGACCUGGACUCGUCCUCUAUAGUGCUUUCCCAUCGACUGAGCCCCUUAAACACCCCACCCAUGGAGAAAGUUCCCUCCAGUCAUCUCAGCUUGCAGGAAAUUCUUAUCAUUGGCAACUGCUGUGACCAAAUGGCGGACCCUCCCCAGGUGAAGUUCAGCGAGCUGACGCUGGACAUGUUCCGGAUGCUGCAAACAUUGGAGCGGGAACCACAAGAAGAUACUACACAGCUCUAUGAUGCUUCACCUGCUCCUGGAAGGGUACCUUUUCCUGAGAAUGGGGGCACAGGUGAUAGCCGUCCUGGCAAGCGUGAGAACCCACACAAGUACCUGCUGUACAAGCCCACCUUCAGCCAGCUGUUUGUGUUCCUGGCUUCGGGCUUCAAGGAGCUACCACCCAAUGGGGUGCUGCUGCUCUACGUGUCUGCUGAUGGCAGCUUCCCCAAUGUUAAGCACCCUGAAGAGGUUGGUUAUGACUAUGGUGGAGUGACCACUAACAGCAAACGAGAACCUGACCACUCCAAUAAGCGCAACAUCCAGCUAAAAGAUAUGCACUGUCUGUACCCUGGUGACCUGUAUCCAUACACACGGAAGCCACUCUUCCUCAUCAUGGAUAGCGACAACAGCCAUGUGUUCCAGCACAUGCCACGCUUUUUUGGCCAGCCACUGGUGGCCCUCAUGUCUCCUGAGGAUGUGCCACCUGCUUUUCAUGAUCAACAGCAUAAGGGCAACCUGCUGACGCUGUUCCUGCACAGUCCAUUGACAGCCCUGUGCUUCGUGUGCCAUGUAGUCGAUGUGCCGGUCUCUCUUUGGGACAAGGCCCUGGGUCACCUUAAUCGCUUUAUGGCGGAGGCUAGCCGUGUCCUCAUACGCUCCCGCAGCAUAGAUCCCGCAUACUUGCAAUUCUAUGGUGAUGACUUCCUAAGGUUGUUGAUGCUGAGGUUUAUCUUCUGUCAUGUUGUCCUAAAACUACAUCGAAUGUUCAAGAUUAAGUAUUCGGUGGGGGACCCAGAGAACUUGUAUCAGAGGAUGCCUCAGGCAGCCAUGGGCACGCCUCCCUACCAGAGCCUGCCGGGGUCCAACUACCUGCCUCGGUCACACCCCCCAAUCCCCGAGAGUGAGGUCUUGGACCACCCAGCCUUGCAGCGCACCAUUCUGGAGCUCGCAGAAGUGCUGGAUGUGCGCUCUCUCUUUUCGGAGAUAGAUGAAGCUGACUGACAGGCGGUAAUGUUCACCCUGGCCUGAGUGGGAAAAUGCCACAAGCUUAACCGGUCUUUCUUCCUUUUCUGCCCACCUUCUUCCUCCUGCGAGCCUUAACACAGUGGGUGCUUUUAUCCCCGACACUUGACUCCUCUUCAAGCUCUCCUUCGUGCACUGUGGUCAGGGCAUUGUUGCCAUGUUUUCCAGGUGACAUGCUGCAACUGUUAGUAUAUUUUUUUUUCUCUGAAUGCUAAGAGAAGAAAAUUGCAUUUUCUUUUUCUAUAAUGGCGAUUUCACUCGCACAGCUGUAUUCAGCUCUAUUAAGCAGCUGGUGCUCAGUGGAAGUUCUAAAGUAGGCCCUUGGAUAUUCGGAUCAAAGUGCAAAUGGGCUUUAGUCAUGAGAAAGGGCAAUAAACGCACUGCCAAAAGUUGCUGAAGUCUAUGCUACAAAGGUCGUAAAUGUUCUCAGCUCAUCAGUACCUUUUUUUUUUUAUUUGGAAGUUGCUGCUAAACAUCCAGGCCUUGCCCUCUAGCAUGUUUUCUUUCAUAUAGUAUUGUAAAAGAAGCUAUUAUUAUACAAGCCCAAAACAGGUGAGGCAGGUCAUAUUAUGUGCUUGUGUUGAUGGAAAUGCCUAACAUUCACGGAUAUUGUUAGCUGAUGUGUUCCCAAGGAACGACUUCACCAUAUGUUGUUCUGAGGCAGUUUGUUUUAGUAUUAUGUACUGGGCUUGUAUAAGCAACCAUUGAAAACUUUUAUGUAAAUUUUAAUUUAAGGAAGCAGAGUGUAAGCAUGCACAAGUGCAUUUUGCUAAUUUUGUUGGUCGAACUAAGCUUUGUUUUGUCAUCAUCACGCAAGCAAUAUUGUUUGAUAUGUAACUUGUUUUUUGCUUGUGCCAUAACAUAUCGAGUGAUUGGUUCUCUAUGAAUAACGACCUUUCCUCUUUGUAUUCUGCUAAGUAAGAAGUGGACUUAGCAGCUAAAAUGGGACUGAAGUUUAGCUCUCUACACAUGGGAAUUGUGAGUUACUUGGCAGCGGCUGCGCAGUAGCUUGUAGAGUUGCUAUGCUUUUUCUUUUCAGGGUCAAUUAACAGUACUUUAUUAUUAAAAAAGUACUGAUACUGUA